ACCAACAGCUCGCGAGCAUCCCGGGGGCCGCGCCUGUAUACAAUGCCCAUCGGCUGAAAGAAGCCCAAAAGCUGGAGGGCCGCACGUGGGAGAAGGACGGUCAAGCGGCCCUGUACCUAAUGCGAGGCGCUACCUGCUCGCCUAUCGUCAUGACGGUGGGCGAGCUAGACCGCAUCAUUCGGGACGUGGCCCACCCGCACCCGGGCCUGCACGCGCUGCUUACCUUCAGCGCCAUCGACAUCGCGGCGUUCUCGCCGCCGCGCCCCNAGCCACGGAGGCGGCCGGGGAGGAGGAGCAGCGGGAGGGGGAGGAGGUGGAGGGAGCGCGGGAGGAGGCCGUGGCGGUACCAACCCAUGACGGUGCGGGCCCCACUUUCACGAGGUGAGCCGACAAGGGGGGGUGGCGAGCUUGGCACGGGAGCGAACGCCUUCACGGACAGCAGAAGGACAGUACUUGUAGCGAGCGUGGGAGUUCCCCUUCCCGGGUCGGUGGCACCCGCUGUGUUUUACGGAACACAGGGAAAGGAUGGCCGGGGAGGCACGAGCGUCGAGGGGGAGCGGUUGGUCAACGCACUCACCUUCGGGUCUUUGGGAAGUGGUACCAACAAGGUGUAUCAAAGGAUGUGGAACAUGUGGAAGGAGGCUCGAGCAGGGGCGGGUUCGGGCCCGUGGCUCCCCGAGAGCGAUGGGGUGGAAAGUGCGCCUCAGAAAUCUGGGCGGACGACUCGGGGCUCGUGCACUCGGAUUUUUGUCUGACAAGAGGAGACCUGGGUUUCUUUUGCGGUCCGGUAAGGGUUGCAUGGGCAGACCGGAGGCAGGCCAGCCGAGUGGAAGUCACGUUCAGAGCGUCAAAAGCAGAUCAAAAACGUUUGGGAGCAACCGUCACUAGAUCGGGAGAAGCGUUGAAGGUGUUACUCGAUCUGUUAGAUCUGCACCCCGAGCUCGGGAGUCAUGCGCCGUUGAUGCAAUCGUGGGCACAAGACAGGUGGAAGGUGAUUUCGAGGGCAGAGGCAUCGAGACACCUCAGGUUACUCGUGAGUGCGGCGGGUAGAGACCCACAGAAGUAUGCGUUGCAUUCAGGAAGGAUCGGGGGGGCCACGCAUCUAGCAAGUAUGGGGGCGUCAGUGAUUCAGAUCCAGAGAGCCGGGAGGUGGAAAUCAUCGGCUUUUAUUGUGUAUGUUAGGGCGGGGGGUGAAGGAGCAAAGUGUGUCUCAGGCCCUUACGGAACCCGAGGAGUGACCUGGGAGCGGUUCGGAGGAGUAGGUCAUCGGACAUGCCUAAUGGAGUAAGAUAUUUUUAGGCCAGAGGCCGAAACAAUAG